AUGAAACUUCCGGGGUUCACAAUUCUCAUUAGACUUGGUGGUCUAGGCAUCCGAAGAGUUUUCAGCGUAGCACUUUCGGCUCUCUUGUCUUCAGUCAGCACGACAAACCUCAUUGGAAUAGUUACUAACCCAUCACUCGAUGAUGUAGACGUCUCGUGCUUGGCUGCGGCCAAGGAACCCUGGAUCAAUAAGACCAAGUCAAACUCAGCUUCGCACAGGCAUUGCGAUGAGCCGCUCAGUAUCCAGGUUCAAAGAAACCUAUUAGAAAACUGCGAAAACCCUACAGAGCGAGCUCGUCUUCUAGCAUAUGUGGAGAAGGAGUGA